CCUCACCUCCCCGACAAAUCCAUCUCUCGGCCAUUCGCCAUCAUGAGUGCUCAGGCUUAUUACGAGCUGUACCGUGGGAGCAGUCUCGGUCUCUCCCUUACCGAUACGCUCGAUGACCUGAUCAACGAGGGCCGGAUCGAGCCCCAACUGGCGAUGAAGAUCCUCUCGACCUUUGACCGUAUAAUCACGGAGGUUCUUGCCGAUAAAGUGCGCGCAAGGCUUACAUUCAAGGGCCAUCUCGAUACCUACCGUUUCUGCGACGAAGUGUGGACCUUCCUCAUUAAAGAUGUCAAUUUCAAACUAGACAACCAGACGACGGUGUCGGCAAACAAGGUGAAGAUCGUGAGUUGCAAUAGCAAGCGACCCGGAGAGGUUUAGUGGAGGCAGACACGACCUUUUGCGGUGUUCUCUGUGUUUUGCUCUUUCCAUUUUCUUUUUUACUACCACCUGACCAUGGACAUGGACUGGCGCUGUCCCCAUGGUCCUAGCAUAUGUUUUACACCGGGCUUUGGUUGCUUUGAAAUCGGCGUUGAGGACUUGCGUUUGGCAUUUGUUGUAUUAUAAAUUCUGCGAUCGGGAUUGCCAGAUUGAUCACCGAUACCUACGAGAAUAUGAGGUUUAUCUAGAAUUUGACUGCUGCGGCUGAAUUGCGAAUGAU